AGCUCUGCUGUAACUCCUGAUGUUUGAAUUUUCAUCGGCGUGCUGCAGCCCGUCCUCCUUUCUCCCCUGCAGCCCUAGUGGGAUGUGCUGCAGAGAUUGCCUCCAUGCUGGGCUGAGGUUCAGGAAAUCCGGGCUGCAUCCUGGCCCUGUCACAGCCUGCCUCCGUAGCAGGGAGCAAGCCUUGGUCCUUGGGGUAAUAGUCCAUGAUGUGAAUGAGCUGACAGAAAAGCUGUUUCCCAUCGUUGAAGCCAUGCAGAAACACUUCAGCGCUGGAUCAGGGACCUACUACAGCGACUCCAUCUUCUUCCUGUCGGUUGCAAUGCAUCGCAUCAUGCCCAAAGAAAUAACACAGAUCAUCCAGGUAGACUUGGACCUGAAGUACAAGACCAACAUCCGAGACCUGUUUGAUGAGUUUGACAAUUUCCCAGAGGGAGCAGUCAUUGGAAUUGCCAGGGAAAUGCAACCAGUGUACAGGCACACCUUCUGGCAGUAUCGCCGCGAGAACCCCCAAACCAAAGUGGGGGAGCCCCCUCCUGAUGGGCUGCCAGGCUUCAACAGUGGUGUCCUGCUCCUGAACCUGGAAGCCAUGAGGCAGUCCAAGCUCUACAACCAGCUGCUGGAGCCCACCAUGGUGCAGAAGCUGACAGAGAAGUACCACUUCAAGGGCCACCUUGGGGACCAGGAUUUCUUCACUAUGGUGGGGAUGGAGCACCCAGAGCUUUUCCAUGUGCUUGACUGCACAUGGAACCGGCAGCUUUGCACGUGGUGGAGGGACCAUGGAUACAGCGACGUGUUUGACCAGUACUUCCAGUGCAAGGGUGAGGUCAAAAUUUACCAUGGGAACUGCAACACCCCAAUCCCUGAAGACUAGAACACCCACCACCCCUGGGAGCAGCUCUGACUGCAAAAGCCUUAGUGGCUGCACCAGCAGUCCCUCGGGAAGGGUGACCUGUUGCAUCCCAGGGGAAUCUCUGGGGAUCCCAAGAGCGUUCAGUAUCCCACAGCCUGUAACCUCAUCCCUUCAGGAGUUCAGUUGCUGGAGCAGGAUAUCCACAGUCACUCUGUCCAGAUUAGCUCCUGGCUCUACUUGGGGCAAGUCCAUGGUGCCUCUCUGUGCCACAGCUGCUGGGACAUGGGGACAGCCAAGGGGCCAUCAGAGCCUGCUGCCUUUGCCCAUGGCAGGGUGCAGCUCCCUGGGUGCUGUGCAGCCUUACCUUGGACGGUCAGCAGGAGCCCACAGCAGGCACUUGGAUUUUGUUUGUCGUUCCUCAGUGGCCCAUUUCUGCACCUCAUGCAGAGCACUGGUCUGGUCCCUCCGGAGAGCAGACACCGUCCUCAGGUCAUCUUCCUUUCUAAGCAUUCCAGAAAGGCAAGAAGGCUUUAAAGACUGAAAAACUGCUUUAAAUUGGGUUACUUACAAACAAAAAUUGAACGCUAGAUGAGCUUUAAAGCCGUCCAUUGGUUCUUCUUAGCAAUAAAAGCUUUACUGCCUUGUCCUAGAAGCGUUCAGUGAGCGUGUACCAGUACAUUCAUUUUUCUAGCUUUGCCUCUAACCUUUUGUACAGAAAUAAAGCUGCAGAUGUCAGA